AGAAGAGAUUCAAGCAGAUCAAGGCUAGAUGUUGGAUGGAAUGAGGCUGAAGGGAUGGGCGUUGUUCGCGAAAGCUUUGGCGGGGAGCAGACUCCUUCGGAGAAGAAGAGCGAGCGACAAAGGAUGGUACGACAGGAGGUGGCGGAAGGAACCCUCCGCAUGAAGAGGAUGAGAGGAAAACCAGAGGCGUUGAUGGGCGGGGAUGGAGGUGGCGACGGAGAACGUGCCUCGGGAAAGAAGCCGACGAAGGAAGAGGGAGGGACGGCAAGUAAGAAAGCGAGGAGGCCCAGCGGUUUGACCAUCCGCGAAGGACAAGCUGAGGGUGGAGGAGAUUCAGCUGAUCCAGGCGCUGCGGCCACGAGAGAACCUUCGGGGAAAUCGAAACGGAAAGUGGCAGCUGAAGAAGGCGAUGGCCAGAAGAAACCUCGAAGGCGGACGACUGCUGAGGCGGCGAGCGGUGGCGAAGGGCUUGUCGGCCAGGAGUGCGACGAAGUGGCAGCGUUCUGGCUCGAAUACGAGCGAAACGAUGUCGGUGAAAUCGUGGAAAAGGAGCUCCCCGUCCAACUGCUCAUCGACCCCUGGAAGGUCUGCGACAUCCCGCCUUGGGAAAGAUAUUACAACCACCGCAGUCUAAGUCGUGAAACUGUGGACGACAUCAAGGAUGCGAUGCUGAGUCAAUUCCGCGAGAAGAAGAUCUGGACGAAAAACCCUCUCGUUUUGGCACCCAUCUACAAGCCGGUGACGCGUAGGCCGGAGCAAGCUGACAGGGUUCACAAAGAUGUCUUCAAGCCAGAGGACAAGGACAAGUACUACUAUUACCCUGUUAACAGACAACACACCGUGGCUGUUGUGAAGGAGUUGGAGGGUGAGCAGAUAUUCGAUUUGUGGAAGAUGCACUCGUGGCCAGCGAGAGUAGUGUGGUUCUCCGACCGAGAUUUCGCGGGGUAUAGGCAGGUCAGUCUCAACGAAAACACGAGACACAAGAUGUCUAAGCAGCGAUCGCAGAAGGCCGCGUUCUUGGACAUGCGGGAGGCAUGGGAGAACGAAGGAAGGUCGAUGGCCAUUCAAGGGAACCCUUCCGGCAAGGAGGCCGAAAAACAAAAGUUUUUCGAUUUCCAAAAGCUGAUUUUGGGAAAGAGUCCGAACGAAUCUCACUGGGCGUUGUCAGAAAAAGAUUUGUCGCUCACCGACAAGGAGUAUGUCGCUGCCGUUGGCAAUGCAUUGAGGCAGUGGAUGUCGGUCGUGACGGCCGGUGAUGACGUUUUCCGCAAAGUCGUGAAGUUCUACGCGAAAUGGGCGGAGGGGAAGUUGUUGGGCGGCGACGGCAAGACGCCAUUGUGGAGGCCGGGCAAAUACAUGCCAGACAAAUCUCCGGGUCUGCAAGCAAUUCCGGAAAUGGGCUUGAAAGGGGCGGCUAGUGAAACGAAGAUGGGGUGGCGGGUCCUUGUCUUGCCGCAUCCGACCAAAAAGAAAACGCAAGCGGACGACAAAUUUUUCAUGGUCGUGAAGGAGCCAGACAUGUUCUGCUGGCAGUCUCUCGCCAACAUGACCGAUGUCGAGAAACUGUCGAUCCUCGACGACAUUCUCGCACUACGGGGAGUGUUCGUGCAAUCCGCGGGCAGCCAUCUGAAGCGUCAGCAUAAACCUGGAAUUAAAGACAUGGUCGUGACGAGGAAAGUGGACCGUGUGAUGCUCCGUAUGUUCCACUACAUCUUGUUCCUUGAAACGGAGGAGGACGAACGUGUUUGGCGCCACGGGAGCCCAUUUUUUUGGACCGAGGGGAAGCUUCUGGAGGAGUUCGGGCCGCAGGACGAAACAGGCCCAUCAGGACAGGCUGUGGCGUGUUUCGACGUGGCGGAAGAGGAAAGGUUCUCUCGUAGCAUGUGGGAGGACGGCGGUGUGACAAGUUCUCAAGGACCUGCUUACGGGGAGAUGGAGCGGAACCCGUCCCGUCUACUUGGUCUACUCGAAAACUUUUACAAAGCUGGUCAAACUGUUUUUUUCUUUGGGAAGGCGCAUGCGUCUGUCGUGUGGGAACUCCUGCGCACCGAUCGGAACGUCGUCGCGUUGGAGAAGGAGGCCAAGAUGAUCGAUUACCUUCACGAGUUUGUGAAGGCACGCGUUGCAGACACUCGCAAUGCUUGCGAGUUUGCAUGGUCCACCGGCGAACGAAACUGGGAUCCCAAACGUGACAUGUAUUGGAAAUUGUCGGGGAACAAAAGGACGGACGUUUGGGACUUCCUUUUCGGACCCGGACCGCUUGGUCCGACCGACCUCGAAUACAGUCGACGGAGAAAACUGGUGUUCGUUGUGCUCAAUGGGUACCACGGUGCACCCAGGGAGUCUGUCUCGCACUUCCUGAGAAGGCUGGAGCACGUUUACUUCACGCUGGCCGAACCGCUCACUCUCGAAAACUACAAGUCACAGUUUGACGAGGAGGACCCUUUCGACGCUGAAGACAUGGAGGAGCUGAGCGACUCCGAAACCUUCGAUUUCGAGUCCAUGCCACUUCCUCGGGUGGUUGGACAGGUUGGUGAUGAAGAGGAAGGUGGCCCUCGGAGAUAUAGCACGUCCCAUGCCGGUUUGAAGCGUGUGUUUCGGGGCGAACUAGUCGACGACCAAUCGUCUGAUGACGGGGAGGAAGAGAGAGACUAUGAUCACGAACCUUGUGACAGGCUCCCUGUGGACCAUGACAUCUGGCAGAAUGACAGACUUUACUUCUUCGGCAAGCAUCACCGGUUCACGUCGGAGGAUGUCUGGGGACACAACGUUGUCUGGCACCCGAGUAUAUUCCAACCUUCUGUGAGGAAUGGAAUAUGGGUCAUGGCAAUAAAGGAGGCCGAUGGCAAGUGGAGUGGACUGAAGAGACUGGGAGCGGGUGCAUUUAAGAGAAAGGCAAGAACUGCUCUGGUGGAGCAUUUGAGUCUCAUGAACCCCGAGAGGAACGAUCAGGACGUCGAUGAGUAUGCAGAACAAAAGCUACAUGAGUUGUACGCCAACAACAUGUUGGAGUUUCGAGCGCCUUUCUACGCACUCGAAACGGCACCGUCUCGUGGCAUUGACUGGUGCAUGCCGCAACCUCCGCCGGCCGGUCAGCAUCCGGGAGGGGGUGGUGGAGGAGGCGAAGGAGACGGCGGAGGUGGCGGAGGAGACGGCUCACAGUUUGCCGGAAAGGGGAUGGGCGAGACAUCGUCGGUUGAGAAGGCGUCCGGCGGAAAGGGGUCGGGCGGAAAGGGGUCGGGCGGGAAGCGGUCGGGCGGGAAGGGGUCGGGCGGAAAGCGUAGAACGUCCGGGAGUCCCCAGUAUAUGGAAACUGACCCCCACUGCGUAGGGAGUCGAGAUUCCGACAUGCGAGACGAGGCCACCCUGACGUCUGAUCAAGUGCGAGUAGAUUCGCACUUGUCUGCGAGGAGUUUGUUUCCCGUUGCCCAGGAGAGUCCAUCCCGCCGUGCGCAACAGAGGUCUCCUAUGCUCAACACCUUGCUCCUGAAAGAGGGUGCGUCUUCGUUUUGCCUGGAGGGCAGGAUGCUUGCAUUGCAAAGGAGCGAAGACUGGCGGUCUCGCGACGUGCUGGAGGGGCCCGAUCCAGGAGUGUUGGAGACCGUGGGUAGCGAGAACGAACGUCACACUCCUGGGGAAGAUGAGCGCUCUCCGGGAACGCGUGCUGUACAUCGGGAAGAGGGAACUCAACGCUGGCAGUCUCCCAAAGUGUUGGAGACCGGGGGUAGCGAGUGUGAACGUCAUGCUUCGGAGGGUGCGUCCGUGGACACUGACAGCGAGAGUGCAGGAGCUCCGGGGGAAACGCAUGCUGUACAGCGGGGAGAGGACACUCGACACGGGCCAGCUCGUGAAGACGUGAAGUGGCUCCACGCACGAGCGCUGGUGAUCGGGACGUCCGAAGUGGUUCGGUACAGUCGCUCGGCUGUGGCCACGACGCGAGAGGGUGUCGUUAAGGGAGGUCAGUGGACGUCCGUGCAAGCUCCCGUUCUUGGCGACGAUGAAGACGAAGAAGAACCCGCGGUGGAAGCUCGGGUUCAUGGCGAUGAGAAAGGCGGAGAACCCGUGGUGGAAGGUUGUGAGGUGACUGCCAACAUCCGAACGGAUCCACAGCGGAAAGAUGGUGAUUCUUCGCCCACCCGUUGCGGUGAAGAACAGGGUGGUCGAGCGUCUGUCGUGAGCACCGCUCGGGGAAUGGUGCUUCGUGAAACCAUAGAGUUGGGUGACGACUCGGCAGCCACCGAGCUGGUUAGCGACUCAGGCAUGGCCGAGAUGCAGAACGUCGAAUCCUCCGUGGAAGGCGGUGAGGUGGUUGUCAGCAUCAAGAUGGAUCCAGAGAGGAAAGAUCAUGAUUCUCCGUCCACCCGUUGCGGUGCCGAACAGGGUGAUCGAGCAUCUGUCCUCAGUACCGGUCGGGAAAUGGUGCUUCAUGAACCCAUCAACUUGCCAAGCGACUCAGCUGCCACCGAGCUGGUUAGCGACACGGCCAUGGCCGAGGUCCAGAACCUCGAAUCGUCCGUGGACGUUGGCGCAGUGACGCGACAGGAGGGCGAGUUCCCUCAAAGGAAUCCUGAGCACGGUGUGAGGUUGUUAAUGUCCCUGCCCAUGAAGCCUUUAAAAGCCGUGCAUGAGAAACAUCUUUCAGGGAGGUCAUUGGCCGCUUCACCGAAGAAGUCGUCAAGUGUAUGGUUGUUUAAAAGGGUCCAGAUGCCUCGCCUUUCCCAGAGAGCUGUCACGGUUCUGAAGGUUUGUGGAAUAGAUAAGGAGGAAGGUCUGCGGAAACAUUUGCCUGCGUCUAUUGAGAGCGUUACUGGUUUGUCUGGCGGGUAUGAUGACGAUGGCAAAUGGGGUGUCUUGAAAGACCCGUGUCCUAAGUACAUCGCGAAGGACACAUUCAACAAACGGGGAUACAACUUUUCUGGGAAAAGGGCAGAUAGUUCUUAGAUAUUCCACCACGGGGUUUGUGCUCACUCCUCACACUUGUUCGUGGGUGUUUGUGCAUCUGGGGCUGCAUCAUGUUUUCGCGUUCCGUUGCCUACUGAGGAGCUUAGCGCUACGGACUUGAGAAUGUUGCGGAACGU